GGCGGCGGCGGCGCCACCCAUGACGCAGGGGCGGCGUCGGCUGCAGUCACUCCUCUCAUUAUAAUUGUUUACCUUUUUCAUACUUCUUCCUUCUUUUCACUUCAUUAUUUUUGGGACAAUGGAGAAGCAGCACCAGUUUGGAGUUUAAAAUGCGAGUACUACGAUCGGUGCUGGGAGGAUGUGUGUGUGUGGUGGCGUGUGUGGUAGUGGUGACAACCAUUACAUCCACACCCCCUGCAGGUCCUGCUAUCCAUUCAAUUGUCUCACAUAACCUAAAGGAAAGAAGGGAACAGGGCAGGAACGGGAGGCAACUGAGGACUCGCCAGAAUGAGGAACUGGAAGGAAAGAUGACAUGUGAUCAGGAACAUUUAGAGAAAUUGGGUUUCAUAGAAGAUCCUGAACUCUACCCAAAGCAUUUGUGGGACAACCUCACCACACCAGUCCUUGCCUCAGCAGUAUCCACUGAGCAAGUGUGGCAGGUGGAAGGUCUGCUGGGACUUGCACAACAAAUAUUGCCCAACUUGACUGUUGUGGUUUACAGUCUCGAUCUCUCCACACUUGAGCUCCAACAGUUGGAGGAUACGUGUAAUACGUCAUGUGUAGUGAUGACUUUUGACUUCAAUGCCUACCCUUCCCACAUCAGGGAUUUGCGUCUUAAAGCUUACCGUCCCAUUAUCAUACAGGAGUUGCUUAUGCGAACUGGAGCUGUGUUGUGGCUGGAUGCAAGUGUCAGAUUAGCAGACGAAACUCAAAAUAGUGACAAAACACUGGACUGGAGUGAAAUGGCUUUAAAAAGUGGCGGGGUGUUGACUUGGCCGCUGCCCAAUCCAGCUCUUCUGCCCUCAGCAGCUCUCACCCACCCUAACAUGUUCACUUUUUUUCACACAAAGAAGCACAAUUAUGACUUUCAGCAGAUGGGAGAUGCAGGAACACUGAUGGUGUACAACACAGUAGCGGUCCACCAGUACCUGAUGAAGCCCUGGGUGUCGUGCGCACUCACACACAACUGUAUUAGCCCUAUUGGUGCCCAGGAUACUGGUUGUAGGUAUGACAAAAAGCCAUUAUUCCGCUACUCUGGCUGCCACCACUAUGAUGCGUCGGCAUUUAAUGUGGCUUUGGGUGUCAUGUUCUCUUAUGACACUCGGCUCUACCUGGCUGCAUUCUCUCCUUUCAUCCGAGUCUCAAGAAAACCGCAGCAAGAGGUAGACGACGUGCCAGGUGACGAGGGUACUAACACAUCCAUCAGGGAAAGCUCCAGUAGGAGGUACAGUGGUAAAAGAACAGUGAAGGUGGUCAGUUUGGACAGUUCCCAAGCUGGUUCAUCUUUUAGACUUAACCAUCAAAAUACAGUACCAAAUUUUGGCAGCAGAGUACUAAUACCAGAUGUAAUGAUGAAAUAUGAGAAUGGUGAAAAUGGAAGUAGAGAAACUGGUACUGCCACUUUGUUGCCGAGCACGCACUCUGUGUCGGGUGCGAGUGAUGAGGGUAAACAUUGACCCAGUUUUCUGGAUGGAGUAGGUUCAAUAUCAUUUUUGCCAUCAUCACCUUGUGUUAUUUCUACCUCUUAAAUUACAGCUUUGUAAUUUAAUUUUAAAUGACAUUUAUCACAAAUUUGAUUGUAAUAAGUAACUGUGCAUGGUUUAAUGUUACAAAUCCUGAUUGUGCUUGUGAAUCAAUGUUAGAUAAGUUGCAUAAAAUGUGUUCAUGUGUUCUCACUGUACUCAAUUAAAGCAUCAGUUGAUGGUAGUCCUGCAGUUUGAACAGUGACAGCUAUAUUGUUUUGUAAGUUAAUAACUUUUUGUUAUACACUUGUUAAUAACUAUUUCUGCCGCAUUAUUGAGACUCCUCAUCUGCAACUUUUUAUUAUUUUUUUAUUAUUAUGCUUUAUUAUCCCAAAAUCCAGCUUGACAAUGCUCUAUUUAGGUAACAUAGUCUUUUAAACCAAAGAGUGAAAAUUAAAGGCUAAGUAUAAAAUAUAUUACUUUUGGUAAUAUGUGAAUUGGUUAUCUCUGAACCUAGUCAAAAAUACCUUUUUUGUAUAUAUGAAUCCUAAAGCAUAGGCGUUAUUACAUAAUAAUCUGCUACUAUUACCAUCUAGUUUUGUUCUUUUCAAUUACUCUACUAAUCCUGUCUGUUAUUUGGUGACACAAGACUGGGACUUGGUAUUAUUAUUUAAUCUGAUUUAUUAAUUUAGCAAGAAAAUAUUAUGAGGUGUGGUUUGGUGUAAAGUAUAUUGUGUUCGUUAUGUUGCAGCUUCUUAACACUAUGGCUAUGUGACAAGACAUUUGUUUUGUAUUUCAGCUUCAACAUUUCAGUUAUUUUGAGUUUGAGUGUAAAUAGAGUACAGUAUGUGCAAACAGUUUUGGGGUAUAAUUAAUGAAUUGAUAUGAAAGUACAGUAUCCAUUUAUAUAGGAUAUUUGUGUGUAAACCACAAAGAAAUUAACAUGUGAAAAUAUUUAACCAUGUAGGAAAAAAUGAGAGCAGAAUGGACUUGAACGUUUUUGUGUUGAACACAUCAUCAAAAGUACUGACUAAACACAAAAGCGCUCAAGUCCGUUCUGCUUUAAUUUUUGUCUUCGUGGUUAAAUAUUUUUGCAUUGGAUCUUUACUUUCAAUAUGAAGCUGAAGUUAUUUAAAUGUAGUUUGACAGCUCUUGGACUCUGAAGUCGGCACGAAUACUAUGCACAUUGAUAAUGUAUUGUACCUUGGCCUGAAAUAUUUUUUUAUGAAGCUUGGUAUCACCUAGUUAAUGGAAAUCCCAGGAAAGAAUGUUUGUUUUUUCCUUACUUAGGUUAAGAAAACCCUAUGGGGUUUGCUUUCUCUUUUUAGAUAAUCCCUUGUUUAAAUCUCUUGACUGAAGAUCAAAUAUAAUACAAAAUUAUAUUUUCUUUAAAUUGUAACAUUGUAUAUUGUAGAAAAUCAUCUUUCCUAAUACUCAGUUUUAUUUUUAAUUUUGAGAAAGAUAGUUUGUAAGAACAGUAGUAAGUCAUUGGGCACAAUAUCCAAGUGUGGCAUUGGUUUGACAUUGAAUUAACAUUAUCAACAUUAAUUCAACAUUGAUGAUGUUGAUUUGGUGUUGCUCCUGGAUAUUGUGCCUUCUGGGAAUAUAUUUUCUGCACCAUUUUCCAAGUGGUAUGAAUUUCCUGCUAUCAUGAGAUUGUCCUGAGCGGGCUACUCAAUACCUCGGUCGAUAGAGCUUCGGCCUGACAUGUGUGGGGUCCACUGUUUGAGUCUCCUAGAGCCCAGGCGAAUGGCAUAGCUAAAGCAGUGUUGCCUGUGUUGUCAGCUCUUUCAGGUACGGGUGUGAUGGUCGUGCUUCAGUGAGUUCAUCUCGUGCAAUGCUUUGCUGUCCAUUCUCCUUAGAUUUAUGCCCAUUUCUCCAAUACUAUACCUCCUUUGGUGGAUGGUUUAGUUCAUUUCACUGUGGGGAUGGUCUAGGAAGGUAUCCUUCCUUUAGAUUCUUGGUCUUUAGUCCUUAGAGCUCUUCCCUUUCUGGGUGUGUCAACUGUUCUCAUAGUCUCUCUCUUUACAUCUUGUCUGUUACACCAGCAUGGGAAAUGGACAGGGCCUCUCUCCUCUGUCUUUUGUAGGUUGUUCAGCCAUCUGUGGGUGGAACUUAGUGGCUUCCAGUCUAUGGGGUGCCAUAUUUGGAUUGCAUGGAGGGUGCAUUUGGCCGAGCCUGGGGAAGGUAGGUGCUCUUUUUCCCCUUCCCCUCCCCAUUAAGCUGCUGCUUCUCAUGUUGUACUUGGAGCCAUUUAGGACUCCAUGCUUCUACAGACACUGGUGUGCAGCCAAUUCUGCCCUAGUUUCUGAUCUUUCUCUCCUGAUGUCCCAACCCCUUUCCUUCCCAAAGCUCCUCUUAUCACUGAAGUUCAGCACCUGGUCCAACCUUGUUUGUUCGCAGCUGUUCAACAUUUUCCAUGUCUGGGGUUUUUUGCUCCAUGUACCAUCUCCUGUGUCGAGGCCAGAUGCCAGGCGCUUUGGUGCCACGUUGUAUUGUUUCUUCUUUGUCGUUCCAUUGUUGUUGUUUUUUGUUCUAACUCUUCUGGCUUUGUUGGUCACUGCCUAUACUGUUGCCUUAUUGUUUUUGAGUAAGCAGAGCCUCUCUCACUGGUAUUUGGGAUAAUGGGGGAGGGGUGCUUUCUUCAACUUUCUUGGGAUUUCUUUGAUCUCAAACCUGGGUCAGUUGUGUGCUGUCCUGUGACUAAAGUGCACAGGACACACCAAGACACUGUGGUCACAGUGUCUUUGUGCACUCCUCAUACUGUUGGGGUUGGGGGCACUAUUUCUCGCCUGUGUUUUUCCUGUCCCAUAUUCUUCUCCCAUGGGUCAAUCCAGUCACCCAAUUCUGUCAGUAAUGGAAGGCUGUCAGUAAAUAUCAGGGUGACAUUGUGAAUAAGCUUGGGGAGCCACUGAGGGGUCCCACACAGAAAUCAAAUAUUAAGAGUAAUGAGAGUAAUGAAAUUGCCUUUUUGGGUGGGUCCACAGUAAUUUCCCUAUCCAUAGGAGUUCUUGGGUUUUACAUAGGUAGCUCCAGAGUAAGGCGACAGGCUAGAGGAGAUCUCAGGUGACCUGCGAUGCCAUCUAACAGCAGGUCCGGCACGUCAGUCAGGUAAUUUAGCUCACGACAGUGAUUGCACUGAUUACCUAUGGGUGCCUAAUUUCCCUCAAGCCAUUGCUUGUUUUGUUGGGACCAUGCUUUCUGAUGGGUUUUCAAAAGUUUUAUGGUGGAUGCCCUGGCUCCUUACUAAUUGAGUGAACCAAAUUCAAAUUAAUUUUGUUUGUUUAGAGAAAUUAUAAUGCAAGUUUGCUGCCUCUUAUUUAAAAAGACAUACUGCACAGGAUAAUACUUCAUUGUUUGUUUGUUGAUAAUAAAUACAGUAUGUGUAAAGGUUCUUGUCUGCUUAUAGUUAGUGAACUUGUAAAUUGUUUAGGUAAACAAGCAUUAUAAUUUUAUUCACAAAGGUAUACACAAUCGACUUGAGAAUGGUCCAGGACGGACCGAAACGUCGUCGUCCCUUCAAUUUCUAGUGUGUGGUCUGGUCAACAUACUUCAGCCACGUUAUUGUGACUCAUCGCCUGCGUAUACAGUUAUUUAAUGAAAUUGUGUAAUAAUUACCACAGCACAAGUUAAUUUUCAAUAUGGCACCAUAUAUAUUCCUUAAAUAUAUUUGUUAAUGAAUCAAACAAAUAUCUUCUGAUUGCUCUCCCAUUUUUGCAUAAUAGGCAAAUACAGUUCAGUACUUGUCUUGCAGUCUAUUUACUGUAAUUUUUCUAAUUAUAGAAAAUUUGUGAUUAUUUGCCAUACUACUGAUUUAAGAAUACUACAUUGAAUUAAAAACAAUAAAUGUUUCUUUCCUAUUUAUAAGAUAUUAUUAUGUUUACAGUUAAGGAUAAAAAUCACGGUUAGUAUAUACUGGUAUAUAUAUGUUGCGAACAAGCCUGAAUGGUCCCCAGGACUAUAUGAAACACCCCAGAGUCACUUCUGGGGUGUGAGUUUUUCAGUUAUAUAUAUGUUAUUCAACAUGCACUCACCUUCUUUUGUUUAUAUAUUGAAUCGGUGUGUAAGGUGCGUAUUUAACAUCUAUAUUUACAUAAAUGCACAUUUAUUUAAUCCGGAGUGCCAUCUUCAGUACUGUAUCUGAAAAUGUCAUGGAAGUUUAUUCAGUAUAAAGAAAACUACUUAAAAAAAUCAACCGUCUUGGUUUGAUCUAUUUUCUUGCGUAAUGGCGUGUGUGUGUGUAUGAGCUGUCUAUGGCUUUGUGCUGUGGUAAUAAUUUUCCUUUCAGUAAGAAUAAUCAUCAUAAUCUGAACAAAAUUAUAAGCUUUGUAAAGUAGUAGAACACGAUUAAUCUUUUCUUGUGAGCAUUUUCAUAAAGGUUGGUAUAUAUUUGGUGCAAGCCUGGGAAACACUUCAUUUCUGUAUUAACAUAGAAUACCUUAAUGCCUUCAAUGUAGUACCUCUUUAAGCGUGAAGCCUAAUUUAAUUUGUAUCUGACAGCUUAAAAAAGGAUUAAUGCUGUUUUCUCACUGAUAAUUAUUCUUUCUAGUCAUUGUUUAUCUUUAAUUCCUACAUUUUUGUAAUGCAUAUUUGUUAUUAGUUUGGUUACUGUUUAUGUAAGAAUUUGUUUUGGUAAACCUGUAUAAUUUAUCCUAAUGAUAUCCACUAUAUUCAAUUUCUUACGUAAUUAUAUAAUUAUUACUUAGUUUGUGUAUUAGUAUUCAGUUUUAUGUUUCUCAUUAUCAUAUUGUAGAUAUUAGCAUAAAUUUUGGUGUUUUGCACACAUAUAAAUAUCUGUACAAUACGUACUUACAUUUUGUUAAGUAAACGUUACCUCUUCUA